GAUGAAAUCCCAGACAUCGAGGCAGCGAAGAAUGCACAGGCAACAGAUGAGAACGGCCGCGUGAUCAACGUUGCCAGGCAGCAAAUUGUGGAAGAGUUUACCGUGGUGCAGGAUAAGGAGGCGAAGAAAAAGAAGAGGAGCAACGGGCCGUCCCUGAGCAAGACCAUCGUGGACUAUAGCCACUACCGUCAAUCUCCGCAUCUGAAGAUCUAUGAUGCUUACAACAUGUCGGAGCAAGAGAUCCAAGCGGAAGAGAUCUCCGAGGAUGGACGAGGUCUGCUCCAGGAGGGCAAGAAGAUCCACAAGCUUCUGGUGGAAAGGGGAUUUGCGGAGACGACGCGGCUCCUGUACAUGUGGGGCAGUGACAGGAAG